CAGGCGGCCGCGGCUUCAUGUGGAGGUCAGGGGCGCUGUGGGAGGGGAGCGAGCCAGGCCGGGCCGGGCCGGACCGGGCCGGGCGUGGAAGGAUCCGCUAAAGGGGCUAGAACUGGACGUGAGAAAUGGCCGCGAAGGUGUUUGAAGGCAUUGGGAAGUUUGGCUUGGGGUUAGCUAUCGCAGGUGGAGUUGUCAACUCUGCUCUUUACAAUGUUGAUGCCGGCCACAGAGCUGUUAUCUUUGACCGAUUCCGCGGAGUCCAGGAUACGGUGGUGGGAGAAGGUACCCACUUCCUCAUCCCCUGGGUACAGAAACCGAUCAUUUUUGAUUGUCGGUCUCGCCCACGUAACAUUCCUGUCAUCACUGGCAGCAAAGAUCUACAGAAUGUGAACAUCACGUUGCGUAUCUUGUUUAGACCAGUGACUGCUCAGUUACCCCGCAUUUUCACAAGUAUUGGAGAAGACUAUGAUGAGCGUGUCCUGCCUUCAAUCACAACUGAAAUCCUGAAGUCUGUUGUGGCUCGCUUUGAUGCUGGAGAAUUGAUCACCCAGAGAGAGCUGGUCUCAAGGCAAGUGAGUGAAGACCUCACAGAGAGAGCAGCAACCUUCGGCCUCAUUCUAGAUGAUGUGUCCUUGACCCAUCUGACUUUUGGCAAGGAGUUCACAGAGGCAGUUGAAAUGAAGCAAGUGGCCCAGCAAGAAGCGGAGAGAGCCAGAUUCAUCGUGGAAAAGGCUGAGCAGCAGAAGAAAGCAGCUGUCAUCUCUGCUGAAGGAGACUCAAAAGCAGCUGAGCUGAUUGCCAACUCACUGGCCACUGCAGGCGAUGGCUUGAUUGAGCUGCGCAAACUGGAGGCAGCUGAAGACAUCGCUUACCAGCUCUCGCGGUCCCGCAAUGUUACCUACCUGCCCUCCGGACAGUCUGUGCUCCUCCAGCUGCCACAGUGAACGUGGCUCUGUAGCCGUACCUAACCUGAUCACUUCUACCUACCAGAUCAGCCCUUUCCAAAAGAAUCAUUGCAAUUUCCUGAUUGGGUAAAAGAGAGGAAAUUAAAAUUCAACCCCUUUUUGAGUUCUUAAUCAAAUAAAACUGAACACUCUUGAAAACAAACCUGCAUUCCUCCCAUGUAUGGUCAGAGCAGUGGCUCCAGUGACCAUUAAUUAAGAUAGGUAUGAGAAUUACCCCUUUCCAGGCAGUUUGAGCAGCAGGAACAGAGCUGGGGAGUGUUUUCAAUCUCUGUGAGUUCUGGGAAGAACAUGUACCCCAGAAGACUUCCUGACCACAAGAGUGCCAAAACAGUCAGGUUUCACAGUGAUGCAUCAGUGCCUUUCAGCUGUUUGAGCCAGGGUCAUUACAGACUUGCAUGUCCUAGACUAUGGAACAGGGAUGCUCGGGUUCUUUCCUCCUCAGUCAAGCCAGUGUUUUUCCAGGUGUCAGCUAAGAGUAAGAGGACAUGUCAGUUAGGUUAGUGGUUCUGCUGUGCCUGUGUGAACCAUGUCUGAGUGGAUUGUGGCUGAGGGGUGAGAAUAGCAGAGAUCCACCUUAAGCACUGAUGGAGAAGGUACUUUCUCUGCAGGAAAUACUUCUCAAUCCCAUGCUAGAAGUAGGCCAUCUCUACUUCUUUCCCUUUGCUGCACAAUGUUUUGAUUGCUAUCGCUUGUCCUGUUGUGCAGCACUGGUUCUUUCAUCAAGGUUGGUAAAUGUGGCAUUCCAAGUGGUGCCUCGGACAAAGAGGGGCUGACUCACUGCUCCAUGGCUCAAGCAGUCUGAGGUGGGCAGAAUUCUCUGUUACAUCAGUGCCCUUUUUAUUUAGGGAGUCUGAAUUGCGAGGAGGAUGUGAUGGGUGAGAUUGUAUAACUAGCUUUCAAUAAAUGCCAUCGUCCCAA